CGACAAGCUCACACUGAACCAGACACACACCCACACGCUCGCUCUCCCUCUCUCUCUCUCACACACACACACACACACACACACACACACACACACAUUCAGACACUGAACGGUGCAACACAAGGGGAGGGGGGUCUUCCAUCAGCGGAGGAAAUACCCUCACACACUUCCACCACACUCUCUGACACACACACACAUGCACAUUGAAGGUAAGGCAUCGGUGUGGGCGUUUUCCCUUUUGUGCGGACAUAAUCCCCUCCAUAGACGCAGACACAGCGGGAGGGAAAGACAGGGAUAUUAACGGGAUCAGUGAGUGGCUCUUUUUUUGUGGCAUGGGUUCAGGAUUGUCGCCGGAACGCCACCAAACCUCCGCCGCUGGAAUGCUGAUUGUUGAGUGCUAACUAAUGAGCUGACCCACGGAUCCAGGAAAAAGAGAAAACGAGAGGGGCAGAGAGAAAGGGAGAGGGGGAAAGAAAGAACGACAAGCCCUGUUCCUGUCUUUCUUAAAUUUGAAAAUCAGAAGCCAUGCCGGUCCUCUCUCCAACCACAGGGCUCCAUGAGCUGUUGGCUCUGCUCACCUCCACACUACACCCAGAUGCCAACCAGAAAGAGGACCUGGUCUUCCUCAAGGAGGUCUUCAGCGAGAGGAGUCUGGGUUUCCUGAUGAAGAUCCAUGAGAGGCUGAGGUUGUAUCAGCGUCAGAGCCCAACACCUGUGCUCCACAGCGCCUCCUGUCUGGCUGAAGAUGUGGUGGAUGAGCUGCAGGCUGGGGCGUUGGCUGGAGAUGAGCGGGAGCUGUUUCUCCUGCUGACUGCCCCUCAUGUGAAGGCAGUCCUGGCCGUGCAUGACACAGUGGCCCAGAAGAACUUUGACCCGGUUCUGCCCCCCGUGCCGGAGGACCUGGACGACGAGCUGGAGGAAGAGUCCGUGAAGAUCGUGCGACUGGUGAAGAACAAGGAGCCCCUCGGCGCAACUAUUCGUAGGGAUGACAUGACGGGUGCUGUAGUGGUGGCCAGGAUUAUGAGGGGAGGGGCAGCUGACCGUAGUGGUCUCGUGCAUGUAGGGGAUGAGCUUAGGGAGGUGAAUGGAAACCUCAUCAUCCACAAACGACCCGAUGAGAUCAGCCAGCUAUUGUCCCAGUCUCAGGGUUCCAUUACACUGAAGAUCAUCCCAGCCAUUAAGGAGGAGGACAAUCUUAAUGAAAGCAAGGUCUAUCUGAGGUCCCUGUUCGACUACAUCCCAUUCGAGGACAAGGCCACGCCCUGCCAGGAGGCGGGACUUCCUUUCCAGCGAGGGGACAUCCUGCAGGUGGUGAGCCAGGACGACCAAACCUGGUGGCAGGCCAAGCGUGUGGGCGAUAGCAACCUGCGCGCCGGCCUCAUCCCCUCCAGACAGUUCCAGGAGAAGCGACUCAGGCACAGAAUGAAGACGGGUACGUUCCAGGGCUCCAAAUCUCCGAGUGCCCCCCCAUAUGACCAGACUAGUGAGAGAGAAGACUGCGACAGUGAGGCGGGCAGCAGCGGCCAGCACAUAGCUGUAGUUUCUCCGAAGUGUAAGGCGGUGGCGCCCUCCUGUGGCCAGGCCUUUUCCUGGGAGUUUUACUCAGCCGGACUGCGUAGAAGUUUCCGGCUCAGCCGAAAAGAUCGCCAGGGGUCGGGAGAGACUCGGCCACCGGACGAGUUUGAGUUCCAGAUCUAUGAGGAGGUGACCCUGUACCAGCAGAGGCCUACAGAUCAACGCAGACUAGUGGUGCUGAUCGGCUCCCUUGGAGCUCGUAUCAAUGAGCUCAAGCAGAGGGUGAUUGCCGAGAACCCACACCGUUACGGUGUGGCAGUGCCGCACACCACUCGAGCCCGCAAGAGCCACGAGAAGGAGGGGGUGGAGUACCACUUCAUCUCCAAGCAGGCCUUCGACGCCGACAUCCAGAAUAACAAGUUUAUUGAGUACGGAGAGUACAAGGAAAACCAGUACGGCACUAGUCUGGAGUCCAUUCGCUGCGUGUUGGCCAGGAAUAAGUUGUGUCUGGUGGACGUUCAGCCUGAGGCUCUGAAGAUCCUGCGCACGGCUGAGUUUAAGCCCUAUGUGAUCUUUGUGAGGCCACGCAUCUCUGAGACCCUCUUGAGGCGCAGUGCCUCCACCUCACCAGGCAGGGCUGACAGCGGACACAUCACAGAUGAAGACCUGCAGGAAAUGAGGCACUCAGCUGAACAGAUGGACCAGCAGUACGGCCACCUGGUGGACCGGGUCCACGUGAAGGAGGACUUGGCCAGUGCCUGCAUGGAACUGCGGAACAUUCUAGAACGCCUGGAUAGAGAACCUCACUGGGUGCCAGUCAACUGGGUCCGGAGUUAGCCCCAACCCCCCUGUCACACACCCCUGCCCCCUCCCCUGCCCCAGCAUCCCACCCACCUCCACUUUUCCGCAAAUGAAUGUGUAAUGUUUUAAACUAUCCUAUCAGAGGGGUGGCCAUCUGCCACGGCAAGGCCGGCCCCCUGUAGCCGUGAUCCUCUACCUCUCUAUAUUCCAUUCUAUUACUGUAAGUGUUCUACUCUGCCAAUGAAAGGGAAUCUGUGAAGUGUCCUGGGAUUCUGAGACAGAUCGCUGUAAUAGGGUCAAUAAGUCAUUCUGACAUGACCCUCUAGAAUGUCCUGGAAAUACAGAAGGGAAGAGCUAAGCUGUUCAGAAUGAGUGAUUAGUGUUCUUGUAAAUAUGAAUCACAAAGGUUAUGAGUCAUGAAAAUGUGGGUGUGUGUUUCAAUGUGGGUGUGGGUGUAUGUGUGUGUGUGUGUGUGUCUG